AAGACGAAGAAGAAGGAGUGUCGCGAGAGUUUACAUGCAAGCAGCAUAAUUUACAAUGCGGUUCAGGUGGUGCUUAUGCGUGUGUCUGUGAAACAGAUGGCUGUGGGUCGCGCCGAUUGAUACCGAUUUCAGUUGAGGCGUUUCUCCGCGUGUGAAAGCAAAUCUCAUCAAUAUUUCUCAAAGAGCAUGAGUGUUGAUGAAGUAUCAAUAUCUAAGUGACGUUGAAAUCAUUUUGUGCACAAUUGUAUGUGAAUUAGGGUGGUUUAAUUGUGUUUUUCUUGUUUGAUCAAGAGGGGAGAAAAACGUGCUCCAUAGGCCCUCUGUGUGUAUUUCCGAGUGGCUGUGAAGCAUCAGAGAUAAGAGGCUGCCAUUGUCUAUUCUGUCUUUGCUCACUACGUUGUCUAUGUUGUUCAUUCUGCCAAGUUUGUCUAUACUGCCUGGGGAAAGAGAGAAAAAAAGAGACAGACUCAUUUUGUUGUUUGUACAAAACCACUCUCAAUUCUGUUAAUCAAUAUAAGAUCAUUUUUCCUGCCUGAAUUCCAAAUUCUCCAAAUACUGCAUAAUUAACGCUGUGCUGUUACAAGUGCAGUCUGGUAUAAAACAACCCCAAUUUAUAAUAAUUUUAUCCUGUGCCCUGUUGUUGUCAUUUAUUCACAUUACCGGGCCACAGAGAUUUUUGGUACCAGGAGUGGGGUUCCAUUGCUUAUUUGGGGUUGACAGGCAGGUAGAGUGGGAGGAGCAUAGACAACAGUAGUAGUGAAGAGUGGUCAAGUCCCAGUGCCAAGAGGAUCAAUGACGCGGAGUGUGACAUGCCUGGAGAGCCUGUGAGGGAGCAAGGGACCAAUUUCCAGCAACGCAGGAGGGUGUUCACAUCAUCGUGGAGUUCGUUGGCAAAGGAGACCACAAGAGAUCAGCUCUUCAGGUUUGACUGAAGCAACUGUGACUGUUUUGUGACUGUGUGCGAUUCAAGGUAGAGACAUUGUAAGAACAUGGACCAGGAUGAGGGUGUGCCUGCUGCUCAGGCUGGGACCAGCCAGGAUGUGGACCAUGUGGGUGCUGUGGACCAUAGUGAUGGGGGUCACGCUUAGAGAUCAGUUCAUUGAAGGGGUAAGAGACACCACCCUGCGUAGAGAUUUGUGUAAGCUUGUCAGAGAGAAGCCACAGUCCACUCUCUUUGAUGUUCAUGAAGAGGCUAUGAUGUGGGUGGUGGAGGGCAGACCCCGUGGUUCUAAUGUGUCCAGAAAUCGAAAUAUCUUUCACCUGGACUACACUUCCCAUAAUGCACUGUCCUCAUCACUGCCAUCUGUUCCCAACCUUCCUCACCUGUCCUCCAUUUCCUCAUCAGCACCUAUUCCCAAACCACCAUGUCACGAAGCACAUUUUGGGUUGAGCGAGCAGCCUGAGAGAGCGGAGUGGAAUCUUCAAAAAGGCGCUCUAGGUGGAAUUAUAACCGCUCCUCUCAACGCUCCGCUCACAUGCUCUGGAUGGCAUGAGGAUGACCCAUCUGAGGUGGAACAUACCUGGCUGCCUUUGAACUUACUUGCCUUGUCAGGAUACUCAAACAGGUUUUAUUGAGGGUUGUAGUUCUGGCAGGAAAAUUGUAUUGCUAAAUGUUAUUUAAUGCUGGUCUGGCCUCUCAAUCUGUCCAAUAUAUGGAUAGCUUGGUCACUUCGAUGGAUGCAGAAAAUCAUUUGACUGCGUGAAAUGGCCAUAUCUUUUUUACUCCUGGGUGGAAAAUUUGUUAGCUCGGUCAGACUGUUGUAAAAUAAUCCCCUUACUGCUGUGCUAACCAAUGGUCUAGCGUCUGUUAAUUUUAGUAUUAUAAGAGGGACGCACCAGGGUUGCCACCACUCCUGCCUGUUCUGGCAAUAGAGCCUUUAGCCUAAGCAAUCAUUUGUGACAGUGGCAUACAUGGUUUGACUUUAGCCACCAAGGAACAGAAAGUUUUAAAUUCUGAUUCUACAGACAAGGGAUUCUACAGACAAGUGAAAUAACCAACGUAUAUUUAUCAAAAUAUCAAGAUAGCAAGCCAUAAAUCUCAAAACUGAUCCAUUUAACAUCACUGGUAAUUUUGGUAACAGAGCAAAACAGUGUCAUGAUAAUCAUCAAGAAGAUGGGUCAACAUUCCCCACUCUUGAGACAUUUCCAUCAUCUCUGUAAACGAAUACUACCUUCUCUCUCUCAUUCUAAAUUUUUGACUUUCCACUGGCACAUGAAAUGUUGACACAAAGCAGUUAUGGCAUGAUGGAAUGAGGCAGAGAGAGGAAAGUCUUUUUUUUUUUUUUUUUUUUCAGUGGUUUGUUUAUUUACACAGUGAAUUACACCAGAAUGUGAAGUGUCUCUGGGUGAGUGUUUCGGCCAGAGUCCGGGCUUGACAACUGUUGUCCAUUCUAAUGAGUGAAGAGAAUGAUUACAAAGAGUGCACUACUUUACUCCAGACACCAGUCAGAGGGUAAUUCAGUCAUUACAUUAUAACAUAGCAACUCUUGCAAGAUGUCCAUGUACCCGUCUUCAUUAAUAACUUAAGACAUUUCUUAAGUUGAAAUUUCAUACAAUCAGUCUAUUUAGGCCACACGAUAUAAGUGCUAUUUUGUCAGUCUUUUAAAUAUAGAACAACUUGUACACUAUAGUGGCCACCAACCCAAGAACAUCCAGAAACAGACAGCAGAAAAUAAUUUUCCACUUCACUAUGCACAAAUCUAAUUGAUUUAGAAUAGAGCAUAAGUGACAGGAAAUGUGAAAUAUUCCUCAGUAAUUCCUAAUAUACAUUUUUGUCAAACAUGUUCUGGUUCUCAGUAUUCCUGUAUUAUUUAUUUGCUAACAAGGAGUUUUAUUUAAAAUGAUAAACCUCACCUUGCAGCAACUAACAAAUUACAUUUGCUUUGUAUCAUUGCUGUCCAAAAGGUAUUCAUCCAAAGGGAAACUUCUCAGCUACACAGUACAUAAGGGUCUUGUCAUAUUUACAGCCAAAUCAUAUUUUGUUAUUUUCUGUAUUUAUAUUUCAUCUGUUUUAUGUUUGUUUGUGUGCUGCAACUAUAUGGAUUAUAGACACUGUGGAUAUUCUAUUGACUAAUAUUGUAAAAUUAUUAUUACCCCUCAUACAAAACAGAUACUUAUUGUUUUAUAGAACAUGCAAUUUUUUUUUUUUUUUUUUUUUUUUACUUUUCAACUAGAAUUGUAUUAUUGUGUGUACUGUCAUGCAAAUACUGUAUUCAGUGUGUUUUGUCACUGUAAGUACUUGCAGUUGUAUAUUAUGUGCUAUUUAAAUAUUGUGUUAUUUGUAUAUUGUAUCAUGAGUACAAAUUGCUUAUUGUGUAGUUGUGAAGUGAUUAUACUUACACUACAUUAUAUGUUGUAUAUAUUGUGAUCAAAUAUCUGUCACUAACAGGGGCCCUUACUGGAGAGGGGCCCACAGGCCAUGAUAUCCAAUGGUAUUAUCAUGAAAACGUUUUAUAUAGUAAUAGCAUGCUUCAUCUUAUAAUCUGCCUUGUCUCAUCCCGUGUCAGCGGCCCCCUGCCCCUCAAUGAAAAUGAAGCCAGUGCACGGUGCUGGUACAUGUAAUGUAGGCUACUUAUAGUCCAUUAAUGAAUCUAUUGAAAUUAAGUCAAAAUAGGACUUUCAAAAGAGAAAGGAGCGGAGAAAGAGUGAGUGGUAGCAGACAACAAUUCAUGAAUUUCUUAUAGAAGAAAACAGGGUCCACAAUUAACACUCGACAUGCGCUAAGUGCGAGAAAAAACUAUGAGAAAAAAUGCAGUUUUGUCUUUAAUUUCAGUGUUUCACCAGACUAUUAGAGUGCAAAAAACCGUGCUGUGUGGCAGGUGCUAUUUACACCUAAAUAGUCACUCCGAUAAAGCCGCAAAAUAGCUUCUCCUCAGAAAUGUAAAUAAUUGUAACAUUUUUAGCUUUACUUAAUUUUCAUUAAUGUGUAAAACACUAAAUAUACAUUUUACAGUGAACAGUUACAUAAAUAAUAUAAAUUAAUAAUUGUGAGUUUUUAUGUUUUUUUUUUUUACUUUAGUUUACAAAUCCAUAAAAUUAAGAUUUUAAGUACUACUAUAACAAUCAAGUUCAGAACCGAGGUUGUGGGGAAUACCCAUAAGCCCUUGCUUGAAUAAAUUAAGCAUGUUUGUUUGGUCAAAAUAAUUUAUGUGGGCAUUUAUUUAGUUGUUAUUAAGAAUUCAUAGAGAUCUUAGCUUUUUUCAGUAUUAUUGAUGUUGAUUUACUGUAAAUGGCUGUUUCGUGUAAAGCCACGAUUAGUGAUUAGUGUUCCAUUAGUGGUCAACUUGGAUCCUGUUCAAUCCAUGUAAUUUUUCCUUGUGCAUGUAAAUAUGCAUAGCUGAAGUGCAGCUUUGAAGUGCAGGGAAUCAAGUUUAAUACCUGACCUCAGUUAUUAUUUUCUUUAGAGCCAAGUAAAUUAAGUAGAAACAGUGAUAUACAUUUUUAUUUUAAAUAACUUGCUAUUAGUUGCUAAAUCUUAUCGGUGGGGCAAACAUGUUUAAGUAAAUAAAGUUGAAUGAACUGAUACAUUUGUGUAUAUCUAACAAAGGUUUUCUACUUGUGCUGACAUAAAAUGAAUUUACUUAAAAAGCGUGAUGCAAAAAUUAAAGGAAUGUUCCGGGUUCAAUACAAGUUAAGCUCAAUCGACAGCAUUUGUUACAUAAUGUUGAUUAAACAAGGGCGUAGAUUUGGCUUGAAUAUUGGGGGGUUACAGUGAGAAGAAUAUACAUGUUUCCAUUGUUCAUGGUAUAAAUAUUGGGGGGGUUGUACUUGCUUGUUUUUAUUAUUGGGGGAUUCCCCCAUGGAAUCUACUCCUCUGUGAUUACCACAAAAAUUAAUUUCAACUCGUUCCUCCUUUAAAAAAAAAAAGCAAAAAUUGAGGUUACAGAGAGGCACUUACAAUGGAAGUGAAUGGGGACAAUGAAAGUAAAUGUGGCCAAUUUUUUGAGGGUUUAAACAGAAAUGUGAAUCUUAUAAUUUUAUAAAGGCACUUUCAUUAAUUCUUCUGUUAAAACUUAAAUUAUUUGAGCUGUAAAGUUGUUUGAAUUGUCAUUUUUAACAGUGGUUUUAGGGUUUGUUGACAUUACAUCGUCAUGGUAACAAAGUUUUUACAAAAAAGGUUAGUAAGCAAUUUUAUCACACUAAAAUCACAUUUACACACAUAUCCUUGUGGCUAUACUUUUGAAAGAGUGAGUAUUUUAAAGUUCAAAAAUUGGCCCCCAUUCACUUCUAUUGUAAGUGCCUCACUGGAAUGUGUACAGGCCCAGGGGCACUAUGGAGUCUUAAUCUGUACUAAUUUAAACCUAACAACCUGAUUUUGUGAAAUGUUUGUGUUAUGUCCCGUCAAGAGGAAAGAAUGUAACAUUAACUUGGCAGACAAAUGUUUCAUCUUGAUUUAUUUUGUUUUACAUUAAAAAGAAAGGAAGCAAAACUUCAGAGAUGAGUAAAUGAAAAUAAAGGGAAUUAUAUUUCCUGAUAAAGAAAAUAAAAUGAACCUAAAUACAAAGAAACUUCCCUAACUCGCUAUCUACUCUAAUUCAAACACAGGGGGAAAUAAUUACAGAGGUGAGAGAAAAUGGCCCUCAUCUCCUUCAGCUUCCUACCUACUACAGUUGAUGUACCACAGUCCCCACUCCACUUCAUCUCUGCAUACACAUACUGCCUUAUCUGUCUAAAUGUCUUAUCUAUCUACAGUAUCUUAUCUAAACUUCUGACUUUCCACUAGCACAUGAAAUAUUGACACAAAGCAGUAGGCUACAAUAGAAAUAAACAUGGUCAGAUGCACUAUAGCCUGCAUCACUUUCCAUAUAUCCUUUGAGUUUUUGUAAAGUUAGAUUUUCCUACGACACUACUGUUAAAUUCUUAUACUAUUUUGACUUAGAAUGUGUUUUAUUAUGUGAUGUUGAUAUAAUAAACAAACUUAGCUUGAUAUCUUUUAUCUAUGCCUCAACAUUGCACUUAAUACAUUUUGUGAUUUAACUCCACAAGAAACAAUGUUUGCUUUAUAAAUGCUUUUAUUGACUUAAUUAGUGUUUCUGAGAAUUUUGAGUUCAGAAGACAUUCAAGAUAAGUUUAAUUCCAAUGAAACAUUUUUGUAGAUAUGACAAGAUUUUUUUUUUAAAUGUAUGCAUUUUAUCUGGAGCAGAUUGAUAUCUUGUGAUCAAUCAAGGCCUUUAGCACAAAUGAACCCCGCAUAAGUCACAGAAAAUUAUGAGUAUUAUUCAAUAAUUUCUAAUCAACAUUUCUAUUAAACAGUGUCUGGUCCACAAUAUUCCUGUAUUAUUUAUUAGCAAAUAAGGAGUUUUACUUUAAAAUUAUAAACUUCAGCUUGCUACAACUAACACAUUACCUCUGCUGUGACCCAGUUCACUUGCUGAGAGACGAAUUUGUAGCAUUGCUCUCCAAAAGGUGUCCAUCCAAAGGGGCACUUUUCAGCUACACAGUACAUAAACUUUAGCGCUCUUUAAUAUUUAGAGCAAGACAGGAUUUUUAUU